UUAAAAAAUGUUUAUUAAAAAAACAUGCUUUCAAAUAUAAUUAUUAUAAUUUUGAUUAAUUAUUAAAAGUCAAAUAAAAUUUAUUAGAGGGAAAAUGGUUUACUUAUGUAUCACUAAUGAAGUUAAUUACUUCAUUAUUACUAUUGGUUUAAAUGGGCAAAUUUAAGAUAUUUUCUAUAAAUUCUUUUAUGUUUAUUCAAUUCAAGGAUUUAUACAGGAAUUGCGUUUUUUCUGAGUUUAUUAUCAUUUUAUACUAACAUACAGGUUUAUAUACAAUGGUUGCCCACACUGUGCUUCUUGACUUUACAGUACCAUCAAGUGUAAUAGUAGAUGUGGAGAAACGAUCCAAUCUAAAAAUAGCAAUUGCUAAUGUCCUUCAAGAACACUUUGAUAGUCUGAAGCCAUUAACUGAAUCAAGCAUUGAUGGAAGCUUUUUAGUCUUAUACACAGGUCCCAAAGGUAGUCUAAUUACAGUUCGUGGAUAUACCGAAGGCUUAAUCACUGUUAACAUUGAAUAUUAUAAAAGAGAUGAAGAGGAAGCGCUCUUGGAUUUUGAGCAGUGGCGAUACCUGGAAGCGGACGUUGCGAUGGCUCUGAACAGCCAACGCAGUAAGCGCCUGCCACCAGUAAGGCGAGGAACCAUAUAUGACCUCUAUCUGACACUAUCAGGUAGAAACCACUCCCCAAUUAGUUCCUAAUUAGUUAUCUAUAGCACCUUAAAAACGUGCGAAUCGUUUCCGUUGCACUCUAAAGCCAACAGCUCUGGUCGAAUUACUUUUUUUCGGUCGACGUUUACUACUACCCUCCUGUCCCUCCGGGUAUUUCUUUUUAGUUUUUCCGCAAAGGGAAAAUGACUUGAUUCAUAACGUAAAACAAAAAAA